GCCUUUCAUGCUGCUAAAGAGGGCAGAGGGGCUUCCAUGUAGCUCGCGCACAACAACACACUUUUACUAAUCGGAAUUAAUUGUAUUUUAUUUCACACACACCAGGUCAGAGUGUUGGAGUGUGUGUGAGAGAGUGUUCCAGACUUAUAUUUCAACAUGGCUCCGUUCAACUUUGUGACAGUUGGUGCUAAUCUUUUGGCCAGAUCACUGGGUUUGUUUUCGAGUGCAGUUACUGUAAGGUGCUCUUGUGUCGCUCCAGCAUUAAAACACUUCAGCACUACAGCUGGUCCUCCAAAAAGACCCCUGACUGCUUACAUGCGAUAUGUCAAAGAGCAGCAGCCCAUCGUGGUCAGACAGAAUCCAGAAGUCAAGAUUGUGGACAUCGUCCGAAAGAUAGCACAGCAAUGGAGGACCCUUACACCUGAGGAGAAACGGCCCUUUGAAGAAGCGUCCAUGGCAGCCAGAGAGCAGUACAAAGUGGAUAAGAAGGCGUACCAGGAUCAGCUGACGCCCGCCCAGUCUGCAGCUAUCGCCGAGGAGAAACGACAGAAGAUGGCGAAAAGAAAAGCAAUCAGGAAGAAGAGGGAAUUGAACAGUCUCGGCAAGCCCAAACGCCCCAGAUCAGCCUUCAACAUCUUCAUGGCAGAGCACUUUGAAGAAGCUAAAGGAAGCUCUAUGACGGGAAAAAUGAAGUCUCUGUUCGAUGACUGGAAGAGUCUGUCCUUGUCACAGAAACAAAUAUAUAUGCAGCUUGCAGAGGAUGACAAAGUACGUUAUAAAAAUGAGAUCAAGACAUGGGAGGAGCACAUGGUUGAACUCGGGAGGGAGGAUUUGGUUCGACGGAGGGAGUCGAGACGUAAGAAGGCAGCGACGAAAAGCGGCAAAAAGAAAUCUAAAGUAAAGGUGUUAAAGGCCACAGCGCCUGCCAAGAAAACAGCAGAGAAAAAGACUGCUACUGCUAAAACGAAAACUCCCAAUGAGUAGCACUAAAAAGUGAGAGAUUGCUUAUGUUUAGUUGGAAGGGCUGCAUUUAAAAAAAAAAAAAAAGAAAGAAAAAGGUGCACACCGUCCUAAUAAAACAUUUCCCCUGAUUAGUGCUGCUUGUUCAUGGUGUUAACAGCAAGAAGUAUUUGGAACUGUGACAAACCCUUCAAGGCCAGUUUGGUGGUUCAUUUUGCUUAAACGGACAUUGAAACGUAAGGCGUACGACUACUGCAUCUCCUUUCAUUCAGUAUGAAGUUUACUAAUAACUGCGAUAUUUACUUCCGUUCUUUUUUUUUUUUUUUUUUUUGCUUUCUAGUGUAUCCAGCUUGUGCAUCAUGAUUGCAUUUUCGCUCAUGAUUAAAAAAUCCCGACUGCCA